AUGAACGUACCUAACCACACAUCUACUGUUUCAGGUGUUUGUGUUGCUGAGUUCCAGUUAGUAACUAAUCCAAGACACACUGGUACAAUAGGUGAAUCUGUUGUAUUACAAUGUACCUAUAGUGAUUCACUGGAUUCAUCAGAUACAUUAAUACAAUGGACAACCAACGGUGGACAAACUGCUGUAUACACCAAAUUUGGUGAUAAUCCUGGACAAGCAGGUGUUGAAUAUGUAGGAAGGACAUCGUUAUCUGGUUCGGAUGCAUCAUUACAAAUCAAUAAUUUAUCAGUUGAUGAUGAAAAGAUAUAUAAGUGUUCUGUUAAUAAAAUCAGUACCGAUCCACCAACUAUCACCAAUUUGCCAUCAGAUGAGACAGUGAGUGAAGACAGCAACUCUGUGACAUUACAAUGUACAGCCACUGAUGGCAAACCAGCUAUACCUACUACUUAUACAUGGAAGAAAGACAGUGGUGACAUCACUAUAGUUGAAUGUUCUUACACUGCUGCCAUUAGUAUUAGUGUGUUUGUAUCUCUACUUGGUGGCGGCGUAAUUGGUUUCCUAAUUGGCUUUAUUCUGAUUAAGCGGGUUACCAAGAAAACGACAGAACAGACCACAGAUGAAGAUAGAAAGUACACCACGCGUUCUGCAAUUAGAAGGGAAACUGGACAUACAUAUGAGAUACCGACAUUUAUGCCAAGUGUUGCAAUUGACCAUACUUAUACGACACUUUCACCAGAGACAAUGGAACCUGCUUCAGAAUACGAGUUACCAAGUCUGAAAUGUGUAAAUACG